AUAUGAGUGAAGUGAAUCUUCUGCAACACAAAAAAAAUGCAUGUUGUCUUUAAAUCCAGGGUGACCAAACACUUGAAGGCCCUCAAAGCAAAGAUGCCCAGAUUUGGCAUUUUCCCAACGGGGGGUUGUUUUGAUGGAUGCAGGGAUCAUACUCAACAAGCCUCAGGUUUUGGGACAAGGAUCUGGAACCUGUGUGACAAGCCUCUGGAGCUGCAAAUAAGAGUUGGUUCUAUACUGAAAAAAGUUCACACCAUAAAACCAGGCUCUUCAAAGAGGCUGAAAUGCAAGAGCAUAUACAAAGCCUAUAUGCCUGGGGGUGGUGAGAUUGGGAGUGGUGGCAUGAAGAGCUUGCUCUAUUACUAUGAUGAGACUUGCCACCCUUAUGUUUGGAUUCAUGACACUGGUGGUGGUGACACAUUGAGAAUGGUCAAGCAGCAAUAUAUUAGCCUUGAGGACCUCAGAGACUAUUGUGAGAUCAGAAUCUUUAGGGAUCAUCAAAGAGGCUGCAUAUCGGUUCGCAAGAAACCCAGGCCAGAUUUUUCUGCCAGCCACAGACUUUUCUUCUUGUUGAAUUCAACUAUUCAAGAAGGGUUGCUGCCGGCUUCGAGCCAAUUGGUUAACCUAUAUUCAGAUCAUGUCAUUCUAGGUUCAUAUCAGCUACUUGGUCCACACAGCAAACAAGAUUAUGUCAUUCUACAAGGAUUUAAUAGGUCCGCGGAAUUUCCAAUCGUCGCAAAAUGUGUCUGUCGUUUUAUACACAAAUUGAUUCUUCACGCGAACAAAACGCGAUCUUGUUUCUUCUUUCUGCAAACAGUCUUCUUCUACAGUAGCACGGUCCACAGACCAAGUCUCCAAAACCCAUUUUUGUUUUCUUCAUCUCAAUCAAAGUUUUCACCUUCUUCCCCAACCCAUUUCUCAAAAAUGGGGAUUUCAUGGAGUAGCAACCGAAGAAGAAACAGCUAUUAUCAGAACCCACCUCCACAACUACCAUCUCAACCCCAAUACAUCGCAAGUUCUCAUCGCUAUUACUCCUCAGACCAUCCCUCUCUCUCUCCUCCUCCACCACCUCCUCCUCCUCCUCCUCCUCCUCCACCACCACCGCCACCUCCACCUCCACCACCACCUGGUCCUCUGCUUACUUCUUCAUCUUCUUCUUCAUUUUCUUUUUCUGCAAAUAAUAGUAACUACCCAUAUGUCAAUACCGCCACCCCGUACGCUCAACAACCCAGAGGUCCUUAUCCCGCCUACCCUCUUCCUCUUACACCUCCUCCUCCUCCACCUCAAACCCAUUACUGCUAUGGCCACUACAGUUCAUGCAACCAUGCCAAUUCCGCCAUGGGUCGCUUCAGUUACAAUUACAAUUACCCGCCUUAUUAUGCUGCCAAUCAGGCUCAUGGGUGGCCCGCAAUUCGGCCUCCCAUGCCGCCUCCUCCGCCUCACGUUGAGCAUCAGAACGCCAAGAAGGUGAAGAACGAUGUCAACGUGCAUAAGGACACAUUGAGGCUUGAGAUAGAUGAGCUGAACCCUGAUCAACAUUUGGUUUCUUUCGUUUUCGAUGCCAUGUAUGAUGGGAGCAUUACAUUGUUCUACUUUGCCAAGGAAGAGCCAGACUGUAGGUUUGUUCCACUAUUCCCUGAAGCAUUUGUGCCAGUGAGAGUCCCCUUUCAGAAGGGUUCCGGGCAAAAAUUUCGUCAGCCCUCAGGAACAGGCAUUGAUUUAGGUUUCUUUGAGUUGGAUGAUCUUUCAAAACCAUCACCCGGAGAAGAUAUAUUUCCGCUUGUAAUAUCUGCUGAAACAUUUCCACCUCAUUCAACAGAUGAGCAUAUUGUUGAGCCCACCCCAGAUACAUCCCCUCGUAUGCAGAUUACUCAAGCCGUACUAGAAAAGAACAAUGGUGACCAUUUCCAAGUGAGAGUAAUUAGGCAGAUACUGUGGAUUGAUGAAGUUCGUUAUGAGCUACGUGAGAUAUAUGGAAUAGCAAGCUCGACAGUGGAAGGCUUUGAUGACAAUGACCCGGGGAAGGAGUGUGUGAUAUGCAUGACUGAACCUAAGGACACUGCUGUGCUACCUUGUCGACAUAUGUGUAUGUGCAGCGAUUGUGCAAAAGAGUUGACGCUUCAAUCCAAUAAAUGCCCUAUCUGCCGUCAACCCAUUGAGGAACUCAUAGGGAUUGAGAUAAAUAAAAGUCGUCAAUGAAGAUACUUUUUUUCUCCAUACUCUGCGGAUUGUGGUAUGGCUAUUGACUUCUUUUAUGUGUGCUUUCACCUGUUGUAUAAAUGCAUUUUUUAUUUGUUUUGUAUAUUGUAAUUGAUGCGAUGUUUUCUAAUAUGUAUGUGAUUAUCUUACAGAGCUUACUCAAAUUUGAUUCUCCAAGAAAGAACUUUCUUAACCAUUAUACACGUGGUGUGUGUGAGCCACAAGCUUUCUUCAACAGUUUCCUACACAGGCAACUUGUAUAGAACUUCAAAAAACAAAUGACAAGUUAAAAGUGUGGGUCUGAUUUCCUUCAUUACAUUUAAGGAACCUUCUUGUCAAAUUACAUAUUUCAAAGAGAUAGCUGAAAAACUUUCCACCAGAGCUCCUGUUCCCCUAA